GAUCGUGACAUCUAUAAAAUGCCACCGCGACCUAGAAAGCAACUGGAUUCGAAAAGGAUCGAGAAUUCACUUCGAGCAAACAUUUUGCCAUUGAUCGGUGAUCACUUGGAAGCGGCAGCAUGCCGUGCUGUUUGGAGAGUUCGUCAUGCUGAUAUUGACAUCGCGAGAAACCAGAUCGCUUCGAAGCGACUUCGUCUAGACCAAGUGGUUGGGGCGAUGAAUGGCGUUCAAUUCUUUUUUUCCUGCAUCACAAGUGUCAUGUGUAACGCCAGAUCCGCGACUGACUACGACAGCAAUGAACCCAUUCGCACGCCCGAGAGCUACCCAGCGAUUGGCUACUUCGUCGUGUACAAGGAAAGCGCAACUUGCAACGAGAAUCGCUUGUUUUCAAUCAUUCACAACGAAGAUCUCGACGCAAGCGUUACGCCAAUUCGAGUACGAAAAUCAUCGGGCAGCAAUAACGAAAUGGAGAAAGCCGCCAAACAGCUAUUCCAAGUGCUCAAGGACCAUAACAACAAGUCGAUCCAGGAGAUGCUUCAAGUCUCGAACGUUUACUGCUACAGAAAUUCCGAGGGAACGCCGUCCGAUGAUGAUAGCGAUGAAGACGACGAUGAUGGCCGGCUGGUGUCAAGCUAUUUCCCCAAUGUUCCUUGUUGCUUACUAGUCGUGAACGAAAGCGAGUUUGGCGAUCGUCUGUCUGCAGCAGUUAGAAACCUUGAAUCCGACGGACUUGUUUUAAAUCUGGCCAACACAAAGGUUGUCAACUUGGUUGAAACACCGCUCUCAACUAAUAACGAGAUUGCUGCCCUGAUAGACAAGAUUGAUAAAUGCAUGAAGUUAUGCGACCACGCCUUGUAUCGAUCGGAAAUUUACACGAAACCAGAGGGAUCAAAAUUCACGUUUGUCAAAAUGAUGGACGUGACGAGUUACCUGCAUAAACUUCUGGCUAACGAAGUGCUACGUGACAAGCUGAUUCAGCAUUUUCAAUCGGUCGAUAGACUUCUGUCUCAUCGAGCAUGCGCCAUAAUUCACCAGAUCAAAUUUGACGUCGAUCUUAUCGAAGUAUCACACUGUUAUUGUUUCUCCAUCAAAGCACGAAAGUUCAUCGUCUGCCCCAUCCCAGAAUCCAUGCGUGGAAAGCUGUCGCCAAGAUCCUUCGUUCCAUACGACUGUUCCAAACCGCCGAAUCCUGGAUAUUUUCGGGAUGGUAUUGUCAACUCCUUUCCCGAUGACGACGUGCGAGCGCGGUUCUUGAAUAAGUUAUAUCAGUGCCUUCUCGCGUUCAGCAUGCCGCACAAGGUGAGAAAAUUGGUUGUGGUUGGCCCCAAAGAUUCUGGCAAGACAUCGUGGUCCAACAUCUUCCAUCGUGUCAUUCCAGCCAGUUACAUUGCGUCCCUCACCAACGAGAGACAAUUCUCAGCUGCUAUGAUAAACAACGAGACUCAGCUUGUCGUCGUCGACGAAUGGUCGGCCAGUACAAUGCAAUCCGACCUCGCAAAGUGCAUCCUUCAAGGCGGAUGGAUGGUCACUGCAGUGAAGCACGGCCUACCAAAAACGGUGUUGAACAACAGCCCCUUCUACAUCACAACGAAUAACCUUCCGAAUUUUGGUAAAGAAGAAGACGAGAACGUGCAGCGCAGAAUUGAGAUCUUUACAACGACAUCGCUGCCUCAAACCCUACCAGGAAUCGACAAGUGGAUAUACGACAACGCAAUGCAUUGCAUUGUGUUCAAGAAAUUCAAGCAAACCGCGAGCACAUCGAUCAACACGAGCUGUGGUACGAACCAAAUCACUCUGGACCGUUGA